AUGGGUGCGACUCACCUAAAUGGAUUAGACAGCGAUUCCAGAGACUUCGACUUUGGUGUGUGGGUUGGUCAACAAUUUACUUUCAGACAAGGUACUGUCAACCAUAUUUUUAACCAGAGCAUUGAGCGCAAUUUUAAUGGUUUUAGAGACAAACUUUAUGCUUACAAAAGUAACCAACUGGAGAUAGACUACCUCAAGGAAUGUUUACAAGCUGGCCUGGAAAUGUUAAAGCUGAUGAUCGCUGAUUAUGAAACGAAAGCGGACGUUUUAUUGAAAGAACUCAAUGCUUUAAAUGAAAAAAUGAUUAGUGACACUAACUUUUCUAGCGUGAAAAUUAAUUACGACAAGGUUUUUGAUGAAGUAGACCAGCAUUGUGUUAAAAUAUUGAACCAUGUUUGUAAGGUAUAUCUCAGAGACAUUGUAUUUAAUGAUGGCCUUGAUCAGUGUGGAAUUAAGAAGGAACAAUUUAAAAAAAUGUCAGGAGAGAACCCAAUGCCAGCCUUUGGCUGUCAGGUAACUAUCCAGUCUGAACAAGAAAAACAAUUAGUGAAACAGUUUCGUAAAGAGGAAAAGCGAAUUGCAAGGCGGGAAAAAAGAGAUGAUGAUGUUUCUGGAGAUGGACUUCCAUGUUUUGAUCCUAAGGAAAUGCGGAUGCAAAGGGAGUAUGCCCUUAUGAAUGCACGAAAAGAACCUGUUUUGACAAGGGAGCGAAUGAACUAUGACUUAAUUUAUUAUCCACAUGUUUACGACUCUCAUGCAGAGGCCAGGAAGACAUCAGCUUUUAUUGGGGGUACAAAGAUGCUUUUACCUGAAGGAAUUGAGAGAGAGAACAACAAGAUAUUUGAAGAAGUUAGAAUUCCAGUGACUGAGCCAAUGUCAUUGGGCAUUGAGGAAAAACCUGUUUUCAUCAAAGAUUUAGAUGAAAUUGGGCAGCUGGUGUUCAAGGGGAUGAAGCGACUCAACCGGAUCCAAUCAAUAGUGUUUGAGACAGCUUACAACACAAAUGAAAAUAUGCUGAUCUGUGCACCUACUGGAGCUGGGAAGACUAACAUCGCGAUGUUGACUGUUCUGCAUGAAAUACGUCAGCACAUUCAGCAAGGAGUUAUCAAAAAAGAUGAGUUUAAGAUUGUGUAUGUAGCACCUAUGAAGGCCUUGGCUGCUGAGAUGACAAAUUACUUCAGUAAACGUUUGGAGGUACUCGGUGUGAGUGUCAAGGAGCUGACUGGUGACAUGCAGCUGUCAAAAGGUGAAAUUCUUCGGACACAGAUGCUUGUAACAACCCCAGAAAAAUGGGAUGUUGUAACAAGGAAGAGUGUGGGUGAUAUUGCCUUAUCCCAGCUUGUCCGCCUUCUGAUUCUGGAUGAAGUCCAUCUUCUUCACGAAGAUAGAGGACCAGUUCUGGAAAGUAUAGUAGCACGAACCCUUCGACAGGUUGAAUCUACUCAGAGUAUGAUCAGAAUUUUGGGGUUAUCUGCUACACUGCCCAAUUACUUAGAUGUAGCUACAUUUCUUCAUGUGAAUCCUUACAUUGGUCUUUUUUACUUCGAUGGACGAUUUCGACCAGUCCCUCUUGGACAAACCUUUGUUGGAAUUAAGGCAACAAAUAAGGUGCAGCAACUACAUGACAUGGAGGAGCAAUGCUAUGAAAAGGUUUUGGAGCAAAUAAGAGCUGGCCAUCAGGUCAUGGUCUUUGUUCAUGCAAGAAACUCCACUGUAAGAACUGCAAUGGCCCUUCGUGAACUGUCAAAAAACCGGGGAGAAUCUGUCUAUUUUGAACCAAAUCAAGGACCAGAUUUUGGCUAUGCUGAAAAGCAGGUGCAGAAAUCCCGUAAUAAACAGUUGCGAGAACUGUUUCCUGAUGGAUUUGGCAUUCAUCAUGCCGGAAUGUUAAGGCCAGACAGAAGUUUAGUGGAGCAGCUUUUCUCUCAGGGACUUGUCAAGGUGUUGGUGUGCACAGCUACCUUAGCAUGGGGAGUAAAUCUGCCAGCACAUGCUGUCAUUAUUAAGGGAACACAAAUUUAUGAUGCUAAAAGAGGAUCCUUUGUUGACUUGGGAAUCUUAGAUGUCAUGCAAAUUUUUGGUCGUGCUGGGCGGCCUCAGUUUGACAAAUUUGGCGAAGGUACAAUCAUCACUUCCCAUGACAAGCUCAGUUAUUACCUGAGCUUACUCACUCAGCAGAACCCAAUUGAGAGUCAAUUUCUGGAAAGUCUUGCAGACAACUUGAAUGCAGAGAUUGCCUUGGGAACGGUAACCAAUGUGGAGGAAGCUGUGAAGUGGCUGAGUUACACAUACCUUUAUGUGCGAAUGCGAGCAAAUCCAUUAGUGUACGGCAUCAGUCACAAGAUAUAUCAGAUGGACCCUGCACUGGAGAAGCACAGACAAGAGCUGGUUAUUGAAGCUGGCAGAAAACUUGACAAGGCCAAAAUGAUCCGUUUUGAAGAGCGGACUGGAUAUUUCUCUGCAACUGAUUUGGGCAGAACUUCUAGUCACUAUUACAUAAAGUAUAAUACAAUAGAGACAUUUAAUGAACUGUUUGAUGCACACAAAACAGAAGGUGAAAUCUUCGCUAUAGUAUCUAAAGCUGAAGAAUUUGAACAAAUCAAGGUAAGAGAGGAAGAAAUGGAGGAAAUGGAACAUUUGCUGGACAGCUAUUGUGAGUUGCCUGCUGCUGGUGGGGUAGAAAAUGGCUAUGGGAAAGUUAACAUCCUUCUCCAGACGUUUAUCAGCAGAGGAGAAGUGGACAGUUUUUCCCUCAUCUCAGACUCUGCAUAUGUUGCCCAGAAUGCAGCUCGAAUUGUGCGAGGUCUUUUUGAAAUUGCUCUCCGAAAGCGAUGGCCUGCCAUGACAUAUAGACUUCUUAACCUUUGCAAGAUUAUUGACAAGCGAUUGUGGGGUUGGGCUAAUCCACUUCGUCAGUUCUCUGUGCUGCCAGGAACAGUUCUUUCAAGGCUAGAAGAAAAGAAACUUACUAUUGACAAGCUAAAAGAUAUGAGAAAAGAUGAAAUAGGUCACAUACUGCAUCAUGUGAAUAUUGGGUUAAAGGUCAAACAGUGUGUCCAUCAGCUUCCUUCCAUCGCAUUGGAAGCAGCCAUCCAGCCAAUUACACGUACUGUACUCAGGGUUAGACUCAGCAUCAGCCCAGACUUCAAAUGGAAUGAUCAGGUCCAUGGAACUAUGGGUGAGCCCUGGUGGAUCUGGGUAGAGGAUCCUACUAAUGACCACAUUUAUCAUUCUGAGUACUUCCUUCUUCAGAAGAAACAGGUUAUAAUCAAGGAGCCCCAGAUGUUGGUAUUUACUAUACCAAUUUUUGAGCCUCUACCCUCUCAGUACUAUAUUCGGGCAGUAUCUGAUCGGUGGUUAGGAGCAGAAGCUGUGUGCAUCAUCAAUUUUCAGCAUCUCAUUUUGCCAGAGAGACAUCCUCCACACACAGAGUUGCUUGAUCUGCAGCCACUUCCUAUCACAGCUCUUGGAAAUCGAGAGUAUGAAGCCAUUUACAAGUUUACUCAUUUUAACCCUAUCCAGACACAAAUAUUUCACACCAUUUAUCAUACAGACUGCAAUGUUCUCCUGGGAGCUCCCACAGGAUCUGGAAAAACUGUAGCAGCUGAAAUGGCAAUCUUCAGAAUAUUUAACAAGUACCCAUCUGCAAAGGCUGUCUACAUUGCUCCUUUGAAGGCUCUUGUCCGUGAAAGAAUGGAGGACUGGAAAGUCAGGAUUGAAAACAAACUAGGCAAAAAGGUUGUGGAGUUGACAGGUGAUGUGACUCCGGACGUGAGGGCCAUUGCUCAGGCUGACCUUAUUGUUACUACUCCAGAGAAAUGGGAUGGUGUCAGUCGAAGCUGGCAGAACAGGAGUUACGUCCAGAAGGUUGCCAUUCUUAUCAUAGAUGAGAUCCACCUUUUAGGUGAUGAGAGAGGCCCUGUGCUAGAAGUCAUCGUGUCUCGAACAAACUUCAUUUCUUCUCACACUGAGAAGCCUGUGCGAGUAGUUGGUCUGUCAACUGCAUUAGCAAAUGCUCGGGACCUUGCUGACUGGCUGAACAUUAGACAGAUGGGCUUGUUCAACUUCAGACCUUCUGUGCGUCCUGUUCCACUGGAAGUACAUAUUCACGGUUUUCCAGGACAGCACUAUUGUCCUCGCAUGGCUAGCAUGAACAAGCCUGCUUUUCAAGCUAUUCGGACUCAUUCCCCUGCCAAGCCUGUGCUGAUUUUUGUGUCAUCCAGACGUCAAACUCGACUCACUGCUCUAGAUUUGAUUGCUUUUCUAGCUACUGAAGAUGACCCAAAGCAAUGGCUAAAUAUGGAUGAGAGAGAGAUGAAUGCUGUUAUUUCUACAGUAAGAGAUUCAAAUUUGAAGUUGACCUUGGCAUUUGGAAUAGGCUUGCACCAUGCUGGACUUCAUGAAAGGGAUAGAAAAACAGUUGAAGAGCUUUUUGUCAAUUGCAAGAUUCAGGUUCUUAUUGCCACAAGUACAUUGGCUUGGGGAGUGAACUUUCCAGCUCAUCUGGUGAUCGUUAAAGGGACAGAGUUUUAUGAUGGAAAAACACGUCGCUAUGUUGAUUACCCUAUUACAGAUGUUCUCCAGAUGAUGGGCCGUGCUGGUAGACCACAGUUUGAUGAUCAGGGGAAAGCAGUAAUCCUUGUUCAUGAUAUUAAAAAAGACUUCUACAAAAAGUUUCUGUAUGAGCCUUUCCCAGUUGAAUCAAGCUUGCUUGAAGUGUUAGCUGAUCACUUGAAUGCUGAAGUUGCUGCAGGAACAAUUUCAACAAAACAGGAUGCUAUGGAUUACAUCACCUGGACAUACUUCUUCCGACGUCUAAUCAUGAACCCCAGCUACUAUAACUUAGAAGACGUGACUCAUGAUACCAUCAACAAAUAUCUGUCAAACCUUGUAGAGCGGUCCCUUACAGAUCUGGAACAGUCAUACUGUAUUGAAACUGGCGAGGAUAGUCGCAGUCUUCAACCCUUGACACAUGGGCGCAUUGCCUCGUACUACUACUUGAAGCACCAGACUGUAAGAAUGUUUAAGGAGCGUCUGAAAGCAGAAUGCAGCAUAGAAGACCUGCUCUCCAUUCUAACUGACGCUGAGGAGUACUCAGAUCUUCCUGUUCGACACAAUGAAGACCAGCUGAACAGUGAACUAGCACAGCAUCUUCCAGUCAGUGUGAACCCACAUUCGUUUGAUAGUUCUCACACUAAGGCACACCUCCUUCUGCAGGCCCACUUUAGCAGGGCUCCAUUACCCUGUCCGGAUUAUGCUACUGACACAAAGACAGUACUGGACCAAGCCAUACGAGUAUGCCAGGCAAUGUUGGAUGUUGCAGCAAGUCAAGGGUGGCUGGUUACUGCUGUGAAUAUCACUAACCUUGUGCAGAUGGUGAUCCAGGCUAGAUGGAUUCAUGAUUCAUCUUUGCUGACACUGCCUAAUGUUGAACAGCAUCAUCUCCAUGUUUUCAGGAAAUGGAAUCAAAGCAGACGAAAAAGCAAAUCUGGCCAUCAGGGCCCCAUAGAAUGUCUCCCAGAACUGAUCUCUGCCUGUGAAGGAGGAGGAGGAGAGAACGCUUUCACAGACGUUUUGGGCAGUGAGUUGCAGGCCACACAGAUUGCACAGGCAUGGAACUUUCUUUCUCAUCUGCCUGUGAUUGAUGUCAGAUUAAGUGUUAAAGGCUGGUGGGAUAAUUCAGAUCAGAAGCAAAAUGAGCGUUUGCUUCCAACAGUGGUUACAAACACCCGUGAUGAGAAAAACUGGGUACAGUUACAUGCUGAUCAGGAGUAUGUGCUGCAGGUCACCCUCCGAAGAAUCCACAUGGGACAUCAUAAGGGAAAGUAUGACAGCAAGGCAGUUGCUCCUCGGUUUCCUAAAGCCAAAGAUGAAGGUUGGUUUGUAAUACUGGGAGAAGUGGAUAAGAAAGAAUUGAUAGCUUUGAAGAGAGUGGGCUAUAUAAGAAGUCGAAGCAUGAUAUCACUUGCUUUCUAUACUCCUGAAAGUACAGGAAGAUGUAUCUACACAUUAUAUUUGAUGAGUGACAGUUAUCUGGGUAUGGACCAACAAUAUGACAUUUAUUUAAAUAUUAUUCCGGCAAGUAUUUCAGCACAGGUCAACACAGAGGUUUCUGAUGCUGUAAGUGACCUGACCGUGGCAUGAUACAUCAUAUAUGAACCUGCUGAGUGGCACUGUGUGGGCCUUUUGGGUCACAUUGAAAUCACUUGAUAUUUGCCUUAUCAGAUGCAACUUCUGAUGUCUGUACAAAAGAAAUGGGAAGUGGCACCUGAAGCAGCCAUUUGCACAGACUCGCCUAUGAUGGCGUCACUUAAUUUUGCCUUUUGCAUUUUUCCUCAAAGUGAAAUAUAUUGUUGCUUUUAUUAUCCUAUUGUCAGGACUUGGAUUGGGAUCAGAAACAACACAGGAAAAUGACUGUUUAUUGAGGUUUUGAAAGUGGAACAUUUUAAUCAUAUGGUGCCAUGACCAAGCUAUCUGUGAUACUAAGCAUCUUCAUGUUAAAACUACUGAGUGGCACACUCCUUAACGUGAACACCUGUGAUGGCUUCUAUUACAUCCUAGCAGUCUCCAGAUGGAUACUCUGUGGAGUAUCACCAGUGAUGUGUUCAUAGAAAAGUGGAAACCCUGCUACUAUAGUGCUAAAUUGUGACGGGUGUGGGUAAGGGUAAUUCUUUCUUUUGUUUUCCUACAUCACUAAUUGAAGACUCUCCAGAUUCAUUAUCGCUGAAUACCGAAGAAGAUUUGAGAUGCCAUAUUUGGCAGUUGGAAAUAAUAAUAAAGACAUUAUAGUUGGUUCCAACUGUGUCUUAACACUGUACCAUGGUUUUAAUACUGACUUGAGUGAUUUAAGUUUGGUGAAGCUUCAAAAGUAUGACUUGUAACAGGGAAGUCCCUCAAAAAUGAAAGCUGUAAGCUGAAGUGCAUGCCCAUAAGAACCUAGUAAGAAAUGAUCUUAUGGUAUUAAGUGUUGUAAAGAGUAGUAUUUUUAUAUAUUAAAAAUACAGUCACAGAACGUCUCUCUCUCUCUCUCUCUCUUUCUAUAUAUAUCUUUAUAUAUAUGUAUCUAUAUACACACACACAC